AUGGGAGACUCAUCAAGUUUUGUAUCUAAGGAUCCGGUGUUUAGUGGUCAAAACUAUUCAGCUUGGGAGGUGAAGAUGAAGGCAUACUUGAAAGCAUAUGACCUGUGGGAUGCUAUAGAGAAGGAUGAUGAUGUUGAUAUUCUUCUAGAGCACCCAACAGCUGCACAGAAGAAGAGUCAUGUUGAAGCUACAACCAAGAAGUACAAGGCUCUCACUGUAAUUCAUUCAGCAGUGAGUGAAGAGAAGUUUACAAGACUUAUGACUUGUGAUACAGCCAAACAAGCAUGGCUCAAACUCAAGGAGGAGUAUGAGGGUGACUUGAAGGCCAGAAGAGUUCAAGUUCUCAACUUGAGAAGAGAGUUUGAAAUGUUGCGGAUGAAGGAUGGAGAAACUGUCAGGGAGUUUGCUGACAGAGUAAUGAAUGUCGUUAACCGGGUUCGUCUACUUGGAGAGGAGCUCACAGACCAAAGAGUAGUGGAGAAGGUACUAGUUAGCUUGCCUGAGAGGCUUGAGCAUAAAAUUGCAUCCUUAGAAGAUUCCAAAGACCUUACAGUGAUGAGCGUUGGUGAAUUGGUGAGUUCUUUUCAAGCUAUGGAGCAAAGACAAAACAUGAGAAAAGAUGAGAAGGAGUUUAGAGGAAAGCAAGGUGAGACCGCAUUGGUGGCUGCUGAGAAGACUAAGUUUCAGAAGAAAACAUUCAAAAAGGCAGUUGGGAAGUUUACAGGGACUACAAAGAAGCUAAAUGUGCAUGAUGGGAGUCAAAGCAAUACCUAUGUGAAGAAGAAAUGUAAGCAAUUUGGUCAUAUUGAGAAGGUGUGCAAGACUGAUCAACAACAACCAAAAGCUCAGGUGGCUGAAGAAGUGGAACGUGAUGAAGAGAUGAUGUUUAUGGCCUUUGAGAAGGAAAAUUCUGGAAGUGAAUGCAAGAGAAGCUGGUUGCUGGAUUGUGGGUGCACUCAUCACAUGUGUGGAGAUCUUGAGAGUUUCAAGGAAUUGGAUCGAAGCUACAAAUCUAAAGUGAAGAUAGGCAAUGGAAGCUAUGUUGCUGUGGAGGGGAGAGUUUUUGAUAAAGAAGGUGGAAAACUAAUGGAAGUUGAGAUGUCAAGCCAUAGUUUUCCUUUAAAUUGGAAGGAUAAGUCUGUAUGGAAGCAUGGAUGA